AUGGUGGCCUCGUCGUUCCUUCUUCUGCCACUCUCUCUGGCCUAUAUUCCUUCGGCUACGGCAUGGGUCUUUAGCUGGACAAACUCAUCAGGGGGGUACCUGACCGAUCACGGCGAUGCUGUCCAAUCCUGCAAGGCAAUCGAUAAUCCCAAGGGAAACAUCUUCGACUGGGAUGCCAAAGGUGGAAACUUUUGCAUCUACCUCUACAACAACGGAAACUGCUCCGAUCCAUCCGCUGGCUAUACCUGCAAGGCGUGGCCCUGGAACAACCAUGUCGCAGGGUCAUAUAUUCAUUCGUACGAGGUCGUUCUGAACAAUACCGAUACUACAUCUACCACAUCAUCGGUCUCUUCGACAUCGACAACUUCAACAUCCACGACGAGUAGUUCAACUCAAACAUCAGCCACCGCUGCUGCUACAAAUACGACUUCACCCACCACAACGCCAAUCGCUGCAAGCGCCGAGAACACCACCAGCAAAAGCUCAUCACUAUCUGGAGGCGCCAUUGCUGGUAUAAUCGUCGGUGUUCUGGCUGUGGUUGCCAUUGCCGGUAUCUUGUUCUUCUUCUUGUGCUGGCGCCCUCGCAAGAAGACAGGACCCUCGACCGGUUCAAAGCGACCGAUACCACCAAUGUCUGAGUUAGGCCAAUACGAUGGCAAGCCUUCUUCUCCUACACUGAGCUCUCCUACGUCCAAUGAACAGGGUUCAGAUGUGUACCAGGGACAGAAGCUGCGCGAACUACCCGGGUCUGGUGUGGCAAUGGAGAUGGGCGCGGGUGUUAUGAGGGCAGAACUUGCUGGCUCGACGCAUUGGAAGAAUUGA